AUGGUGUGCUUCCAAUGUAACAGCUGGCUACAUUUUACCUUCAUCGACAAUGUGCCGGGUCUAGUUUAUAUCCAGAUGUGCCAUGAUCUUGCUCAUGAACGUGUCACCGAUAUAUCCAUUCCCAAAGAUGUUAUUGCAUUAAUCGAGAAUAAUCGGGAGCUAACACCGAGCGCAAUAAUAAUGUACCUAUUUUGGCAGAUUUGGGAUGUAAUAUUGAAGAAAUACAAGACUGGCAAGCUCACAGACAAAAACUGGAUUACCGAGCACCAAGUCUAUGCACGGUGGUCCAAGCUAAAUGAGAGAGUCUGGCGGUUGAAUCAUGAUGAAGUAACAUCAGCUCAGAUGCUUCUGAAGCAAGCUGAUGGAGGUACCGUUGAGAUAAUCCCUAUAUCAGAGGAGGAGGGCCGGUCAUCAUUUGCCUAUGCCUUUAAAGACUCUCUUCGCAUGUGGGGUGCAAAGGCAGUUGAGCUGUGCGUUGACUCAAUGUUCAAGAUGAAUGCAGCUGGAUACAAACUUUUUGCAUUUGUUGCAGAGGCAAACGGACAGUCGCUACCGCUCACCUUUCUAUUCACAAGGGGUGUAAGUGAAUCCAAAGGCAGCGCAAAACAAAGAAUCCUCAUGCAAGUUCUUAUCUUCCUCCGGCGGCACUUGAUGUCUAUCCGGUUUACGAUCUCUGACAAGGACCCUUCAGAGAUUGGUGCCUGCCAGGUAGUCUUCCCAUCAGCACGGCACUCAAUCUGCUAUUGGAAUAUCAUUAAAUAUGUCAAAGAACGGUUGGCGGAAAACAAACCAUCAGCUGCAUAUGAUCCCCGUAAGGUGCAUGGUAUCUUCCCGUUUAUCAACCCGACGUGGUUUUGCGAGGAGACGUUGGUGAAUAUCUUGAUGGUUGGAUUUUGA